AGGGGCGUCGAUUCCAGUGGUGUCGCCACUCUCUUCUUCGUCUUCAGCAAGGAGGAGCAGCAGACAGCAGCAGUCUUCGUCGUCGUCGUCGUGGUCGUGGUCAUGGCAAUGGCGAUGGCAUUAGCCGUGCAAUGUUGUGCCACAAUGCCAAUCAAUCAUCAACCUGCCUCGCCACCUUCCCCUCUGCACGCUUCGGACUCAUCAUUCCCACGUCUCUCGCCUCUCUCCCCCUCCUCUUCCGCACCCAAUCCGCUUGUGAGUGCUCUCUCGCGUCUCGUCACAUGAACGUUGGCGCUUCUCGACUUAUCAAGUUUCAUCGUAUUCGCGCUUGUCGCUCCAUUCCAUCCAAGUGUGGCCAUGUGCUGGCCCUCGGACAGUUGACGGUGUUGGAUUAUGGUGAGAGGUCGGAUCCGGAGGAAUUGAAGUUUUAUUUUCAAAUUCUCGCGGGGGCUGUGGAAGAUGAGAAGACAGGGCAUCAGGGAGAAAUGUCUGGGGUAUCAUGACUUUGGAGGAAGGUUGUGGUAGCGAUUGGGGCGUAGAAGUGGAGUGAGUUCAUCAUCAGUUCAGACCUCGUCGAUUUUCAGAGGCUCCGUCUUGAGUUAUCCGCGGUAACGUGUUUAGAUGGGCAAUGGGACGAGCAAGGACGAGCAGUUUUAUCAUGCCGUUCUGUGUUCAAACCACAACGCUGUGAAGUCCCUUCGCCGCGAGGGUGCGUCCUUGGAGUGGGUUGACAAAGAAGGACGUACACCGCUAAUUCUAGCUUGCACUCGCUGUAGCUUGUUUGAGAUGGUCUUGUUGCUUCUCAAUCUUGGAGCCAACAUAAAAUACUAUCGGCAUGGGACCUAUGGAGGGUACCCUCUUCAUCAUGCAGCAAAGCGUGGUCUUGAUAAGACCGUGUUGCUUCUUUUGUCCCGUGGCGCUGAUCCGUUGGCUGUUAAUGAUGACUCUCUUACGCCAUUAGAUAUGGCUCGCAAUCGAGGUCACGUGACCGUUGUACGCAUGAUCGAGUUGGUGGGAAUUGCAAAACAUAUCGAAGCUCGUAACCAUGUGCGCAGUUCAGAGAUUGAGAGAGGGGGAUGGAAUUGGCAGGAACGAAUUUGUACCUUUAGUGGAGUAGUUCGGGAGUUGUCUGGUCCUGGGUUUUUGGAAGCCAUCGCGCCUCAGUGGUUGACCAAGAAAAUUUGGGCUGUAGUUUUGCCAACCGAGAUCGAUCCCAGACGAACUCUGAAGUUUGAACUUGUUAUUUACCAGUCACAAAAGGUUUCCUUACCACAUAGUGUCAUUUCUUUAUCGAAGGCUGAAAUAGAAGAGCCUGAUUUAAGUUCAGUAGACCCAGUUGUAAUUAUCAUGGAUAAAAAUACAAAAACAAAGUACAAGUUCUUAGCAGAAUCAGAAGGUGACAAGGCCCAAUUUAAGCAAUUCCUCAAGGCAUGCAAGGGAGUUUCUCAGGCUGCACCUCCAUCAACUAGACAUCGGAGGGCCCCCCAAUCUGCUCUACGAGGCUUGACAGGACUCAAUCGACCUACAGCUCAACCCCAAGCACAACAGUCAGCAUGUGCCUCUCGAGCAACAAAGUGUGGCUCUGCUUCUCAAAAUCUGAAGAACCGCUCAGAAGUAUCAGAGAAAGCUACUUUGAAGUUGGCUAUCAAUGCCUCCCUACACACUGCAACGAAAAAAGAGAUCCCAGUGGGUCAUCUUAUAAAUCCAGACGAUUUAACUGAUGGCAACACUGACCAUUCUCAAUAUGGUGGAUGGGGCUCUGCCAAUGAGGCUAGACCUGGUCGGGUGUCGGAAUUGUCGAAGGAGCGAGCUGACCUUUCUGGAGUUUCUGAAGCACCAUCAAGCUCAACCAUCUUCUCUCCUUCUGCUCCUCCACUUCCUAUCCAUUAUCCAUUUAUUGAUAUACCUCCUGCAAAUUUGCAAAAUCCUGUUGAUGCACCUUCCGAGGAAGCUUCUGCAUCAACAUCUAAAGCAGGCGAAAAGGGGAAGAAGGAAAAAGAAAAUCGUUGUGUCGUCUGCUGGGACGCCUCAGCCCAAGGUGUAUGUAUCCCAUGUGGUCAUUUAGCAGGGUGUAUGGAGUGUUUGUUGAAGAUUAAGGCCACGAACUGGGGUUGUCCUGUGUGUCGGUCUGCAAUUGAUCAAAUUAUUAAGGUUUAUGCUGUUUAGUAUUAUCAGUUUUGAUGGGUAGUCGUUGCACAUGGGGUUGAAGGAAGAUACAGGUCGAGGGAACAGACGGCUUGGAAGGUCUCAAUUUUGUUAGCAGUCAUGUUUCUCACACUAUUAAGGUUUUGAUUCUUAAGCCCAUUUUUGGUGCAAAAGCUUUGUGCCUUGGGCGAAGGGUGUACAUUUUAGAAAUUGUGGAUGCAGUUUGUAUUCAAGUCCGAAAUCAGAGACAUGACUCGUAGUCUUAGCUGCAAAAAUCAGCCGUCAUUUUUUCUGUAUGAAAUACCGCAUGCAGAGUUCUGAUUAAAUUACAUCCGAUUUCUCCCUAUUGCAUGA